GGCUCGCGGGAGGCCGCCUGCGGGGCGUCAGGCCCGGAUCCUCAGGGUGGGCUGGGCGCGCGGGAGAGGCGCCCCGCGAGAGCCGGGCUUCCUGUCGUAUAUGCCAGCGUCGUGGGGACGCCUCUCGGCGCCGAGAAGUGGCGGUUUCGUUUUUAGAAGCACUCACCGCAGCGGGUGUGGAGAGGCGGCCGACGGGACGAGCGUGACGGCCUCCCGAGGUUUUUCUAUAUGAGUAGAGAAGACAGUUGUUGCAAGUAAAAGACAACAUUUUUUAGGAUGUCUGACGAUGAAGAAAAAGUGAAAUUACGCCGUCUUGAACCAGCUAUCCAGAAAUUCAUUAAAAUAGUAAUCCCCACAGACCUGGAGAGGUUAAGAAAGCACCAGAUAAAUAUUGAGAAGUAUCAGAGAUGCAGAAUCUGGGACAAGUUGCACGAAGAGCAUAUCAAUGCGGGACGUACAGUUCAGCAACUCCGCUCCAAUAUCCGAGAAAUGGAGAAGCUUUGUUUGAAAGUCCGGAAAGAUGACCUAGUACUUCUGAGGAGAAUGAUAGAUCCUGUUAAAGAAGCAGCAGCAGCAGGGGCAGCAGAAUUUCUCCAGCUCCGUCAGGAAUCUGUAGAAGAACUUGAGAAACAAUUUCAUGAUGAAGAAACUUUAUUACAGCCUUCUUUGACCAGAUCUAUGACUGUUGGUGGAGCAUUUCACACUACUGAAGCUGAAGCUGAUCCUCAGAGUAUGACUCAGAUAUAUGCAUUGCCUGAAAUUCCUCAAGAUCAAAAUGCUGCAGAAUCAUGGGAAACCUUAGAAGCGGACCUAAUUGAACUUAGCCAACUGGUCACAGAAUUCUCUCUCCUAGUGAAUUCUCAGCAGGAGAAGAUUGACAGCAUUGAGGACCAUGUCAACAGUGCUGCUGUGAAUGUUGAAGAGGGAACCAGAAACUUGGGGAAGGCUGCAAAAUACAAGCUGGCAAUUCUGCCUGUGGCAGGUGCACUCCUCGGAGGAGCGGUGGGGGGUCCGAUUGGCCUCCUUGCAGGCUUCAAAGUGGCAGGAAUUGCAGCUGCACUUGGUGGUGGGGUGUUGGGCUUCACAGGUGGAAAAUUGAUACAAAGAAGGAAACAGAAAAUGACGGAGAAGCUCAUUUCCAGCUGUCCAGAUCUUCCCAGCCAAACUGACAAAAAAUGCAGUUAAAAACCAAACUUCAGUAUUAUUGGCUCCAACAUGUUUAUACUAAUGGACCUUUGUUGCUGUCGGACACUCAGCUUUUGGAACAUGAUUAUAUCAAGACUAGAGGCCCGGUGCACGAAAUUCGUACACUUGGAGAGGGGUCCCUCAGUCCAGCCUGUGCCCUCUCCCAGUCUGGGAGCCCUCGGGAGAUGU